CCGCGCCCCUCUGUUCCCGGCGCUGCUCGUCGACCUUGCGGAGCGUGAAGAAGAGCCGGAGCUCCACGUCGCAGGACCUGCACCGCCUAGACCUCCAGGAUGACCUGUCCCUGGACAUCACUGAUAAUGCAGUAUGGCUCCUUAAAUUUCAACACAUUUGACCUUGAGGAGUACGAACACUACGAAAGAGCAGAAAAUGGAGAUUUAAACUGGAUAAUACCAGACCGCUUCGUUGCCUUCCGUGGGCCUCACGCAAGAUCCAGACUUGAAAGUGGUUAUCACCAACAUUCUCCUGAGACUUACAUUCCAUAUUUUAAGACUCACAAUGUCACUACCAUUAUUCGUCUGGAUAAAAGGAUGUAUGAUGCCAAGCGCUUCACGGAUGCUGGGUUUGAUCACCACGAUCUUUUCUUUGCGGACGGCAGCACCCCACCCGAUGCCAUUGUCAAAGAGUUUCUGGAUAUUUGUGGGAAUGCCGAGGGUGCCAUGGCCGUGCACUGUAAAGCCGGCCUCGGUCGCACAGGCACUCUGAUAGCCUGCUACAUCAUGAAGCACUACAGGAUGACAGCCGCCGAGACCAUCGCGUGGGUCCGCAUCUGUAGACCCGGCUCUGUGAUUGGGCCCCAGCAGCAGUUCUUGGUCAUGAAACCAGCCAGCCUCUGGAUAGAAGGGGACUACUUUGGGCAAAAGUUAAGGGGGCAGGAGAACGGAGCACAUCGGACAGCGGCUGCCCUCUCCAGACUCCUCUCGGGUGUUGAUGACAUUUCAAUAAAUAGUGUGGAGAAACGGGACAAGCAGGAACCUGAACCGUACAGCGAUGACGAGGAAAUCAGUGGAGUGACACAAGGUGACAGACUCCGGGCCCUGAAAAGCAGAAGACAAUCAAAAACUAACACUAUCCCACUCACCAAGUCUGCAUGACUGUGAAGAGUUCCUGGGUGACGAGUACUCUGACCAUGACGGAAACCCCAGGACGGUUCCCUGCGUGGUACUCUGGAAAAUGUGGCAGUCGAGGACCCCUGCCUACCCGGCGCCGCACAUCCCCAGCCAGUGGAGAGCGACACACCCACCCCUUCCCAGCCAGCUUCAUGGGCUGCGCUGUCCCCACCUGGGACCGGCCAGUUGGCUUCCAGUGGAGAACUCACGGUGCAAGGCUAUAAUGGCCACAGCAGACGUGCUCGGGCCUUGCCAGAGGGACUUCCCUGCCCCGUUCUGGUCCAUCCCAAGCCCAGUGGGCAGAGGAAGGGCAGAGGAGACCCUUCUCUUACAGAGGGCCCCUGCCUUCCUGUCCUGCCACAGCCUGCACCCGGGGUGGGGCAGCCCGUGUGCGUCUCAUCCCCGGAGGGAGGGGUCCGCUGUCACCCAGCUGGAGCCCACCCGGGACCCCUGUGCCGGCUGGGUGGCUGCGUGUCCUCAGGAGCCAUUCGGUGUCCCCUGGCAUCGUGGGCAGGACAGGAGGGGAGCUGACUGGUGGCCGCCCUGGCCCCCUCUCCCUUGGGGCCUUCUGCUGUGGCCAGGAGUGUGACCAGCCUGAGACCUGUCCCCACCUGCCCUCCCUGAGACGGAGCUCUGAGGGACCUUCAGCUCUAAUUGUCCCCUCCCUCUCCUCCCAGCGACAGUUGGCUGUCUCGGGCUAUCACCUUCCUGGACCGGCUUUUAAUGUGGCUGGGUAUCCGCAGGGACUAGACCUCUAGAGACCAUCUCCCCGACCCCGUGCUGCGGUUCCCACUGCAAUUGAAGCCUGGGCCCCAGGCCUGAGCCUCA